AUGCUCUGCACAAACGAUGGAAGGGGAGCAACGGUGAAGUUGCAGGAGCAACUGAAAAGACAGAGCGAAGUCCUUGCCAACGAAGGAGGUUUGGAGGCAGCCUCCGACCUGCUCUGGUCACUGCAGCAGUAUUGCUUCUUUCCCCUCGACCGUCCCGACACGCCGCUUGCAGCCCUGGUUGCGGUUACCGCCACCCCGCAAGAUUUGCGAUAUCAAUCGUUUUUACUCUUUCCUUUUCCCUCCCUACGGGCACUCUGA